AUGAAAGAAUACCGAAAAAGACUUUACUACUGGUUUCUUUUGGGUCCAAUUAUCACGCUCGAAUGGCUCAGACGAAAGAAGAAACUCUGUUGUGUGACGAUAUCACAUCAAGUCGAUGAAGAAUCUGCAGCAGGAAACGAGGAAAAUGUGCGGCUAGUCCCAAGAGUUGACGAGGAUCAGGAACAGAACAUACAAGACAUCACCGGCGAGGAAAUUGAAAGUGAGUUACAACCUCUAAUCAAUACAAUAUACACAGACACUGAUAUAACAACAUUUGACCACAUGGGCAGAAUUAUAGUUUGUGUGACAAGGCUAUUUGGAAGAAGCAUCCGUUACCUCGCAGUUGGUCUUGGUUACGUGCUUCUCACUCUGGCAGCGCUUCCUGCAGGUAUAUCAAGUGGGGGAUUAUCUUUUUUCCGAUUUGAUAGUGGAGAAUCUGAUACUUUCUUAGGUAUUCUCACUUUAUGGUGGCCAUCAAUUCAAAUCUUUUGUUUUUUCAUGUACAGUAGGUUUAAUCGUGCGAGCGCUUGGACCGUUUUGACAAACGUUUCAAAGUUGAUUCGAAGUCACUGGUUUUCAUCCAACAUGUAUUUGCUCGUUUUGUGCUUCGUUGUACCGUAUUGUUCUCUCAGCCAAAGACUAUUCUCUGACAGGUUUACGUUUAGCACGUUUUUAUAUUUAACGGUUUACAAUGUAACGUGCACAGUUUGCAAUUUUCUUUUUAUUAUCAUCCUCAACAAACACAAAGUUGUCACAAGGUAUGUGUUCUACAUCAGUGUGUGUAUGAUCUGUGCUUAUGUUGAAAGUGACAUAGUAGCUGUGUUUUACUUCAUUCUCAAUUCGCAAGGCUCCCUGAAUAACGUAAAACUCACUGCUCUUCGCACCGUAGCACUUGGCCUCACUUUGACUCUGAGUUUCAGUUCUUCAAUGCACAUAAUCCGUAAAAUUAUGAAGCCACAGGAGUCUGUGUUUGAGGGACUGGGAGAGAGUUGA